GAGGCCUUGCGGACGCCGCGGGGCGGCGACGCCGGUGCGCCUGAACCCGGCGCCCUGGGAGAGCCCCGCGGGAAGCGCAGCUGCGGGUGGACGCCGCCCCGCGGGCCGGCCGGAGGGCCGGCGCAGCGGAAACCCGGGGUCGGCGGGCAGCGCGAGGCGCGGCCGCAGCCGCGAGAGGCGCCGGCCCGACGAGCCACCGACGCCUGCGCCAAAGGCCCGGCCCCGGCCGCCGCCGCGGCUGCCGCUGCCGCCCCCGCUGGGGCCGCCGCCCGCUCCCCUAACCAGCGCUGGAGCGCAGCGCGGCGGACGCCCCUGGGGCUGCGCCGCGGCAGGGUCCAGCCGUGCGCCCGCGGCACGCGCGCGCCCCCGCGCGGGGCCAGGGGCAGGGCGGCCCCGGACUGGCGCCGCGCGCAGCUCUCCCCCGAGCGCUCCCCGACCCCGACGCCAGCCCCGCCGAGGGCGGUGGGGCGAGCCGGCGACUGCGACUGCGACGCGGCCAGCCCAGCGAGCUACUACUCCGACUCCGAUUCUUCGGAGGGGGCAGCCGCCAGGCCCGCCGCGUGGGCCGCGCUGGAGGCUCCCGGGCAGGCGCGGAAGGCGGCUGCAGCGAGGCCUGCGGCAGCGGCGGAGCCCGCAGCUCUUGCCCCGGGAGCUCAGGAGGCGGCGGGCGAAGCACCCCAGGGCGCCCCCGCGGCGACGGCGGCGGCGACGGGCGCAAGCACGGCAGCGGGUCUCCACGAGAUCCUGCGGCGGGCGGGCGUGGCCUGCUCGGUCGAGCUGCUCGGGGCUGGCUCGCGCGCAGCGCCAGACUGCUGGCGCCUGGACUCGCGAGCGCACUCGCCUAGCCCCAGCGAGCGCGACUUCCGCAAGUCGUGCGACGCGCUGGGGAGCGCCCGGGAGAGAACGCUGCGCUCCCUGGAGGCCCGCUGGGCCGACGAGCGCGAAGGCGCCGGCGACGGCCCCGUGGCGAGCGCCCCCGAGAGGGCGGCCCGCGGCGCCAGCGGCGGGCCUUGCCCCGCCCGUGCGCGCGGCCAGGCUGGCCACGGCGCGGCGCGCGCGCCCGCGGUGAGCGCCCCCCGAGGGGGCGCCACGCCGCGGCCCAGAGCGGCGACGCGCGCGAGCUCCGCCCCGCCCGCGGCGGCCGCCCGCGCGACCGACGCCGGCGCGCCCGGAGGCGGGCUGGCGCGCGCGCCCGUGGCGAGCGCCCGGGGGGCGGCCCGCGACGUUGCCCGCGGCGCUGGCUGGGCGCCGGCGGCCGAGGCCUCGCGCCGCGUCCGGAAGCGCCUGGGCCAGGCGGCCGCUGGCGCCGCGGGCGGCCGCCGGGCUGCGGCGGCCGGCGCCGACGAUGGCGCGGGGCGCCUGGGGGAGGCGGCCUGGGGCGCGGCGCUUCCGAACGCAGCGGAGGCGCGGGAGCUGGCCUUCGAGUGGCUCGCCCAGGGCCGCUGGGCGGCGGCGCGGGCCCUCGCCCGCCCGCAGGGGGUCUCCACGCGGCGGGGCAAGCUGGGCGCGGUCCAGCAGCGGCUCGUGGUUGAGUUGGCGGGACUCGGCGACGCGGCACUGCGCCGCGUAGUGGUGCCGCGUCAGCUUAGCGCGGCCUAG